GGAAGUCAAUCGUAGAGGUUGAUGUGGACCCGCCCAUUUUUACCAACUUUCUCCGGAUUCGUCCAAACACCUGUAACGGUUAUUUGUGUCGACUAAGGAUGGAGCUGAUUGGAUGCGACGGAAUUGAUCACUGUAUAAAUGUGACUUGCCUGAACAACGGAACAUGUAUAGACGGCCUGGACGAUUACAGCUGCGCAUGCGUGCCUGGGUUCACUGGCAAGGACUGCGAAAUCAAUAUUGACGAAUGUGAGUCCGGUCCAUGUCAAAAUGGCGGCACCUGCAUCGACGGAGUUAAUGGUUACAGUUGCACAUGCGCACCAGGGUAUACCGGUCUGACCUGUGGAACAGAUAUUGACGAAUGUCUGUCCGGUCCAUGUCAAAAUGGCGGCACCUGCAAUGAUGAAAUAGGCAGCUACAGCUGCACAUGCGCACCAGGGUAUGGGUACAAUGGCCUUACCUGUGUCAUAGAUACUGACGAAUGUCUGUCCGGUCCAUGUCAAAAUGGCGGCACCUGCAUUGAUGGAAUAGGCAGCUACAGUUGCACAUGCGCACCAGGCUACACAGAUCUGAACUGUGGAACAGAUACUGACGAAUGUCUGUCCGGUCCAUGUCAAAAUGGCGGCACCUGCAUCGACGGAGUCAAUGGCUACAGCUGCACAUGCGCACCAGGAUACACUGGUCUGGCCUGUGAAACAGAUAUUGACGAAUGUCUGUCCGGUCCAUGUCAAAAUGGCGGCACCUGCACCGACGGAGUCAAUGGUUACAGUUGCACAUGCGCACCAGGGUACAAUGGCCAGACAUGUAGAACAGAUAUUGACGAAUGUCUGUCCGGUCCAUGUCAAAAUGGCGGCACCUGCAUGGACGGUGUAAAUGCCUACAGUUGCACAUGCGCAGCAGGAUACACCGGUCAGAGAUGUACAAUAGAUAUUGACGAGUGUCUGUCCGGUCCAUGUCAAAAUGGCGGCACCUGUACUAAUGGAAUAAACGGCUAUAGUUGCACAUGCGCACCAGGGUACACCGGUCUAAACUGUGGAACAAAUACUGACGAAUGUCUGUCCGGUCCAUGUCAAAAUGGCGGCACCUGCACUGAUGGAGUAAAUGGGUACACUUGCACAUGCGCACCAGGGUACACCGGUCUGACCUGUGGAAUAGAUACUGACGAAUGUCUGUCCGGUCCAUGUCAAAAUGGCGGCAUCUGUACGGAUGGAGUUAAUGGCUACAUCUGCACAUGCGCACCAGGGUACACCGGUCAAACAUGUUUGACAGAUACUGACGAAUGUCUGUCCGGUCCAUGUCAAAAUGGCGGCACCUGCAUUGAUGAAAUAAACGGCUACAGUUGCACAUGCGCACCAGGGUACACUGGUCAGACAUGUGUAAUAGAUAUUGACGAAUGUCUGUCCGGUCCAUGUCAAAAUGGCGGCACCUGCAUUGACGGAGUCAAUGGCUACAGCUGUACAUGUGCACCAGGGUAUACCGGCCAGACUUGUGGAACAAAUAUUGACGAAUGUCUGUCCGGUCCAUGUCAAAAUGGCGGAACCUGCACUGAUGAUAUAAACGGCUACAGCUGCACAUGCGCACCAGGGUACACUGGUCUGACAUGUGGAUCAGAAACUGACGAAUGUCUAUCCGGUCCAUGUCAAAAUGGCGCCACCUGCAUUGACGGAAUAAAUGGCUACAGCUGCACAUGCGCACCAGGGUACACGGACAUGAGCUGUGGAACAAAUACUGACGAAUGUCUGUCCGGUCCAUGUCAAAAUGGCGGCACCUGCACUGAUGGAGUUAAUGGGUACAGUUGCACAUGCGUACCAGGGUAUACUGGUCUGACCUGUGUGAUAGAUAUUGACGAAUGUCUGUCCGGUCCAUGUCAAAAUGGCGGAACCUGCAUUGAUGACAUAAACGGCUACACUUGCACAUGCGCACCAGGGUACACCAGUCUGACCUGUGGUUCAGAUACUGACGAAUGUGUGUCCGGUCCAUGUCAAAAUGGCGGCACCUGCACCGACGGAGACAAUGGCUUCACUUGCACAUGCACACUAGGGUACAGCGGUCUGACAUGUGGUACAGAUAUUGACGAGUGUCUGUCCGGUCCAUGUCAAAAUGGCGGAACCUGCAUUGAUGGCAUAAACGGCUACACUUGCACAUGCGCACCAGGGUACAUCGGCGAGACCUGUGGGAUAGAUACUGACGAAUGUCUGUCCGGUCCAUGUCAAAAUGGCGGCACCUGCAUUGAUGGAGUCAAUGGCUUCACUUGCACAUGCGCACCAGGGUACACUGAUUCGAAAUGUGGGAUAGAGACUGACGAAUGUCUAUCACUGCCUUGUCUGAAUGGGGGGACUUGUAUCGACGGCAUCAACGGAUACACCUGCCGUUGCCUAGCGGGUUUUAACGGAACUGCAUGUGAAAACGGCAAGUACAGAACACGUUGUUAUACAUUGCAUUGCGAGUCUUUGUAACACAUCAUUUGCUUGCCUCGAUAGCAGAAUUGCCUGAUGUGCAAAAUGAAACAUCAGCUGUCAGUUGUCAAGGAGGUCAUGUAACAAAAAACACCUGUGAA